UAGGAGAGUUAACUAACAAGAAGGAGGCACAAAUAAAAACAACGUGCUGCGUUUUCAUUGGAGGAAAGCGAUUUCUAUAACGAUUUCUACCCAGCAGACAAAAGACUGUAUUUCCAUGCAGAGCUCAGUUUUUUUUGUUUUUUUUUUUCUCUCUUCAUGAAGCUGACACACAGGACCAGGGCCCUCCUCUCUUGACUUGUUCAAUGAGGAAGUUCAUGGUUUGACGCAGCUUCCUUUUACUGCUCACUUAGACUGAAGAACAGGGUGAGGAACAGGAUGCAGAGUUAUCAGUCCUGGUACCAUGGCAAUAUAACACGAUCCAAGGCUGAGGAUCUUCUUGCCAAAGCUGCAAGAGAUGGAAGUUUCCUCAUCCGGGACAGCGAGUCCAUACAGGGAGCGUAUGGUCUCUGUGUUUUAUACCAGUCAUGUGUGUACACGUACAGGAUCCUGCCCAGUGAGGACAAAAGGCUUUCUGUUCAGGCAUCCGAGGGCGUUCCCAUCCGGUUCUUCAUGACGCUGUCGGAGCUGGUGGAUGCUUAUUUCAGUCCCAACAUGGGCCUGAUCACCAACCUGCAGCACUCAGUCCAGAGGGAGGAGGAGGCCGAGGAGGAACAAGAAUGCCCCGAUCUUCCACCACAGCUUCCACCCAGAACCUUCACAGCCGGUGAUGUCAGAGAACCCGACCACAAGUCUUCUGAGACGUUGUCCAAAUCUCUCUCCGACAUGUACCUGAUGAGACUGCAGCAUAUGGACAUGUCCACAAUCCCCGAGGAGCAUCAUUUGGCGAUACAAGAAUACUUUAGUAACUCAAUCUGCUUGGACGUUGAACAAAUACAGAACGGUAACCCAAAUCUUCCCGGACUAAGGAAACUAAUAAUGUCAAUCUGCAAGAACCUGAACAGUGAAAUUUCCAAUGUCCUACCAGCUCUGCAGGCUUUCCAUAAAGCAUUGGACCAACAGCUGUCCCCAGGGAUUGGCCCAUAUCCAAAAAUUUCAGUGGAAUCGGGUCAAGCUGUGUCGAUCAGACUCGAACAACUGACAAAGCUGCUCUAUUCAAUAGAAGAUAAGGCUAAAAGUUGCAUGUUUGAGUCUGUUGGACAUGAAAGAGGACACAGGAAAUCUCUCAUUCCAGUCGUUGUAUUUGAGGUAAAACAAGAGUCUCUUGGCAUUUCCACAAAGAUGUUCCUGAAAGUUGACGUGGAAGCUGGGAAACUCUACAUGAAAAAGUCAAAGGACGGACCUGAAGACAAGUUCUAUGCUCACAAUAAAAUUCUCCAGCUGGUGAAAUCUCAAAAACUGCAAACCAAACUUGCCAUCGCCUUGGAGACAGAGAAAGAGAAGACUGUAAAGAAAGACAUUGUGUUCAACGACACAAAGAAAAGGGAGGGUUUUUGUCAACUACUGCAGCAAAUGAAGAACAAGCACUCAGAAAAGCCUGAACCCGACAUGAUUUCAGUGUUUGUCGGCACCUGGAACAUGGGGAAUGCCAGCCCUCCCCACAACAUCAGCUCCUGGUUUCAGUGUAAGGGCCAGGGAAAGACACGAGAUGAUACCGCCGACCACAUCCCGCAUGAUAUUUACGUGAUUGGGACUCAGGAGGACACCUUAGGUGAGAGGGAAUGGGUAGAUACAAUCAAAGGAGCCCUGAGGAACCUCACAGAUAUCAGUUUUAAACAGGUUGCGAUUCACACUCUGUGGAAUAUUCGAAUUGUGGUCCUUGCCAGGCCUGAGCAUGAGAAUAGGAUAUCGCACGUUUGUUCUAACAGUGUGAAAACAGGAAUUGCCAACACACUGGGAAACAAGGGAGCAGUGGGAGUGUCCUUCAUGUUCAACGGUACCUCUUUUGGCUUCGUCAACAGUCACCUCACCUCAGGCAGUGAAAAGAAACUCAGACGUAAUCAGAACUACACCAACAUUUUACGAUUUCUGAACCUGGGAGACAAGAAGUUAAAUCCGUUUGACAUCACAAAUAGAUUCACCCACCUCUUCUGGCUCGGUGAUUUGAACUACCGUGUUGAGUUCCCGUCUACGGAAGCCGAGUACAUUGUGUCGAAAAUCAAACAGCAGCAGUACCAGGAACUGCUUAUUAAAGACCAGCUCAACAUAGAGAGAAAGGACAGGAAGGUCUUUUUGCACUUUGACGAGGAGGAAAUCACUUUUGCACCCACCUAUCGUUUUGAAAGAGACACAAGGGAGAAGUACGCCUACACGAAAGCCAAAGCCACAGGGACAAAAUACAACUUACCCUCGUGGUGCGACCGUGUUCUCAGGAAGUCCUAUCCACUGGUUCACGUUGUCUGCCAAGCCUACGGCUGCACCAAUGACAUUAUGACAAGUGACCAUUCACCCGUAUUUGCCUCUUUUGAAGUUGGAGUAGCUUCACAGUAUGUUUCCAAGCAGGAUCCCGAAAUUGCACCUCAAGGUGGGAUCCAAAUCAUGAACUGUGUGGCCAUGUUGUUGACUAAAUCGAAGACCAAGUUCUUCAUUGAAUAUCAUUCCAGCUUCUUAGAGAAAACUGUGAAAACACUGGAGGGAGAAAACACAGAGCAUUCAGACGGGUCCAUCAAAGUCUGGUUUGGCAACCAAGUUGUGCUCACUCCAAUUAUAUCUGACCCUGAGUAUCUUCUGGACCAGCACAUCCUCAUCUGUGUGAAGUCAACAGACUGUGACGAGUCAUAUGGUGAAGGCUGUGUCGCCCUGCGUGCUGCCCAGUUCUCCUACACUGAGUUUCAGGUCAUACUGACUCACCACGGAGAGAAGACAGGCACGUUGACAGGUGGCAUCCAGUUACAAACCACCGAGAGCAAAACCACUGAAAAGCUUUACGAUUUCAUCAAAGUUGAGCGAGAUGACCACGUCGCCUCCAAAGGCAAAGGCGGUGGUGACUACAAAAGUUCUUCGGCUGCAGGACACGAUAUCUCGAAUCCCAGCUACAUGGGACUGUCCUACAGAAGUGAGAACGUGAUCGAAAAAGGCUGGAGUUACAGCAUGCCGACAAAGAAUCUUCCAGGCGCCGGAAAAUGUGGUUAUGAUGCCCCAGCACGCUGUCACUCAGUCAAACCUAACCCUGUGGUUGAAGAUGAAAGUCCGUCAGAAAUGUUCGACAACCCUCUCUAUGGAGCCAUGGGUAAAACCCAUGGUCAAGUCAAGGACCAGGACCUCCAGCAGAGGAACCACCUCCUCACCCCAGAAUCAAUGUAUGGAUGCAAACCUCCAGUAGAAGCAGACGGCGAGCGUCCGCCGUUGCCCACCCCACGCAACCGCUCCUUCACCUGCUCUGAGAACAAACCUCAAUCACCAGCGGUCAACACUUUGCAUCCUUCAUCGCACAAGAAACCUGUGGUGCCCUCCCGCUCCGAGGGGGGAAUUUCACCCAGCCGGCCUCCUUUACCAGCUAAAUCUCGACCGGGAGAUCCUCAAACCCUAAAACCCAGAGACUACAGAGACAACUCUGAACUCCCCAAUAAACUCAGACUCCCUGCAAGGCCUGGCCAAUCACAGUCUCAGAAAGAUGGAGAUUCCGAAAUUCCCAAGAUUGGCUGGAGUGUUAAGUGAAAUGAGGGACCUGUGUCAAUGCUGUGACUGAUUGUACUGUAUAACUUGUCUAUGUAUGUAUGUAAGUCUUGUCGCCCCUGUGUGUAGUACACACUUAUUAUCUAAGAAAAUAUGCAAAGAAUUUGCUUUUGAAGGUAGAACUAUAGCCUAAGGGUUAUGUAAAUAUAACAGGUCAAAGGUCAAAGUGAUUACUGUAUCUGAUGUGCAUAGAAAUGUAGAAAAAAAACCCCCAAUAAAAUAAUUAUUCUAUAUUUGAUGUGAGUUUUACACUAUACCUUACUAUACUAUCUUAAAAUAGCAUUUAUGUUUUCCUCAAAGUUAAACAAAUGCUCUCAAUAAAUGUAAAUAUUGAAACCGAA